AUGUGUGUUUAUCAGGUUCUCCCCAUGUAUUCAAACCUUCUGGUGGACUCCUGCGGACUUUUGAGUGUUGCUUUUUAUUUAUUGUAUUUUUAUAUUUUUAUUUACUUACCGUAUUUAUAUUUUUAUUUAUUUUCCCAGUUACAGUGCAUUGUUCCUUAUAAUUCUUGCAAAUGGGUUUUUUUGUGUGGAUGGCAAGCAGAGGAAAUUUGGCUCAAUAUAUUGGUUUCCUUCCCUGAGAUUAAAUUGCUUCCUUCUGAUAAUUUGUUGCUUGAUAUUGUAUUCUGUUCCAUCAUUGCAUGGUUCUUUCUCAAGGGAGAGAUAACUUUUAGUUCUGUAUUGAUAUUUGCAUAG